AUGCAUCUGCUAGUAGCGCCCCAGGAUGGGAAUGGGAACGUCGAAACCCGGCCCGCCCGGCAGCACCCCUGCCGGUCGUGGAGCCAGUCUGCGGUCAUACUUCAUAAGCCCGCCGACGAGCCCACCCGCUACACCCGACAGCAGCCCGCCCCACAGCCCCCGGGGGUCCCCCUCCCGCUCAGACGCGCGAGCAGCAAACCGACGCACAACGACUCAGCCGACGCCGAUUGCCAGCCCAUCGCGACCGAUGCCCUCUCUCCCUCCGGUCCCGUGCCAACUGGACAGGAGCGAGUCGCCACCGUGUUCACGUGGACGCACGGCGGCAAGAACGUUGCCGUUACGGGAACGUGGAACAAUUGGCAGGGGGUGAUUCCGUUGAACCGCAGCGAGCACGACUUCACCGCCAUCAUCGAUCUCCCACCAGGCGUGCACCAGUACAAAUUUAUCGUUGAUGGCAAGUGGACCCACGCAGCGGAUCAGCCUGUCGCUACCGACUCGGGAGGCAAUAUCAACAACUGCAUGGAGAUCAAGGAGUUCCGGCUUGGCCAGUCAAAGAACAAUGCGCUGGGGCGGGGGUCGCCACCGGGAAGCUACACACAGGAGAUACCAGAGCUCAUCAAGUUCAAUGACAUGUUCGACGAACCACAGGACCUCGGCACACCCGGACCUGGCGGCCAAAAGAAAAAGCCUGAUGAGCCUCCAGUUCUGCCGCCUCACCUUCUCGGCACGCGAGCAACGAUCCCACGGUGUUGCCGCUGCCCAACCAUGUAA